AUGGGUAAGUAUUCUAAGAAUGUGCUUGUUUUUUGCAUUGGAAUGCUUCUUGUAAGCUUAUGGUGCAUGAAAUUGAGUGCCUAUGGAAAAGGACUAGAACGUGGACCUGGAAAAGGAGAAGGGUAUCUACAUUGGGAAAAUCAAGAUGCACAUGUUGGAUGUAACAACAAAAUUCCAGGUGGAGAUUGUACAGAUGAUAUUACUGUUCAUCCCAUGAAGAAAGGCGGUGAAGGUGGAGAGAAACAUGAAACUCAAGAUAUACCUGUCGAAGGUAACAGAAUAAUUCCGGGUGGAGAUUCCAAAAAUGAUGUUACUAUCCAGCCCAUGAAGAAAGGCGGUCGAGGUGGAGAGAAUCAUGAAACUCAAGAUAUACCUGUCGAAGGUAACAGAAUAAUUCCGGGUGGAGAUUUAAAAAAUGAUGUUACUAUUCAACCCAUGAAGAAAGGCAGUGGAGGUGGAGAGAAACAUGAAACUCAUGAUAUACCUGUCGAAGGUAACAGAAUAAUUCCGGGUGGAGAUUUAAAAAAUGAUGUUACUAUUCAACCCAUGAAGAAAGGCGGUGGAGGUGGAGAGAAUCCUGAAACUCAAGAUAUACCUGUCGAAGGUAACAGAAUAAUUCCGGGUGGAGAUUUAAAAAAUGAUGUUACUAUUCAACCCAUGAAGAAAGGCAGUGGAGGUGGAGAGAAACAUGAAACUCAUGAUAUACCUGUCGAAGGUAACAGAAUAAUUCCGGGUGGAGAUUUAAAAAAUGAUGUUACUAUUCAACCCAUGAAGAAAGGCGGUGGAGGUGGAGAGAAACAUGAAACUCAUGAUAUACCUGUCGAAGGUAACAACAAAAAUUUGGGUGGAGAUUUAAAAAAUGAUGUUACUAUUCAGCCCAUGAAGAAAGGCGAUUGAGAUGGACAGAGACAUGAAAAUCCUUUUAGAAGAUGGCCUAUUGAUGAGAAUUCAACCUAAUUAUGUUUAUCAAAUCAAAAUGAAAUAAAGCAAUUAGGACUUAAAUAUCUUACAAAUGGUGAGUUAUCAUAUCUAUAUAAAUUUAGAAUUGUGUUACUUACAUUAUUAAAUAAAAUUUUGAUCUUUCUAUUUUAA